AGUUUUAUACAACCAACACUCUCUCUAGCUGCCUAUAAAAACAGAGGAAACUGCUUCUCUUUAUCUUCACCUCUGCUUAUACAAAUUAAUUAAAUUCUCUCAUUCAACAAAUUCAAACUUGUGAAUUAUUAUUAUUUUCACAUAAUGGCUCAUCUUUCAGAUCUUGUCAAUCUCAAUCUCUCUGAUUCCUCUGACAAAAUCAUUGCUGAAUACAUAUGGAUUGGUGGAUCAGGAAUGGAUGUAAGGAGCAAAGCCAGGACUCUAUCUGGUCCUGUUGAUGAUCCUUCAAAGCUUCCCAAAUGGAAUUAUGAUGGUUCUAGCACAGGUCAAGCUCCUGGAGAAGACAGUGAAGUGAUCCUAUAUCCUCAAGCAAUUUUCAAGGAUCCAUUCAGGAGGGGCAACAAUAUCUUGGUCAUCUGUGAUUGUUACACCCCAGCUGGUGAACCAAUUCCAACAAACAAGAGGCACAAUGCUGCUAAAAUAUUUAGCAACCCUGAUGUUGUUGUUGAGGAACCAUGGUAUGGUCUUGAGCAAGAAUACACCUUGCUACAAAAGGAAAUUAAUUGGCCUCUUGGAUGGCCUAUUGGUGGUUUUCCUGGACCACAGGGACCAUACUACUGUGGAAUUGGAUCUGGAAAGGCUUUUGGACGCGAUAUUGUUGAUGCUCAUUACAAGGCAUGUAUCUAUGCCGGGAUUAACAUUAGUGGUAUCAACGGAGAAGUGAUGCCUGGACAGUGGGAAUUUCAAGUUGGACCUUCAGUUGGCAUUGCAUCAGGUGACGAGUUGUGGGCAGCUCGUUACAUUCUCGAGAGGAUUACAGAGAUUGCAGGAGUUGUCGUGUCAUUCGACCCCAAACCUAUUCCGGGCGACUGGAAUGGUGCAGGAGCGCAUACAAAUUACAGUACCAAGUCCAUGAGGAAUGAGGGAGGGUAUGAAGUUAUCAAGAAGGCUAUUGAGAAGCUUGGACUUAGGCACAAGGAGCACAUUGCAGCAUAUGGUGAAGGCAACGAACGUCGUCUCACUGGAAGACACGAAACAGCUGACAUCAACACGUUCAAAUGGGGUGUUGCAAAUCGUGGUGCAUCCAUUCGUGUGGGAAGAGACACAGAGAAGGAAGGCAAGGGAUACUUUGAGGACAGGAGGCCUGCAUCGAACAUGGAUCCAUACAUCGUGACCUCUAUGAUCGCGGAGACUACCCUCCUGUGGAACCCUUGAACGCGUAUUGGAUGAAUAUUCUCAGGUGCAACAUAGGGAGAAAGAAUUGAAUUUCUUAAUUAACAACCCUUUCCUCACAUGUCCUUAAGAGAGUUAUGUAGCUAGUCAUUUUGAUAUAUUAUGUUGUUUUCUAAGUUUCAAUUUGUAUUGUACUCAGCAAGCCUGAGUUCAUUGCCAACAUGAUUUGGCAAUGUUGUUAAAAAUAAGAGUUUUAAUCUUAUUAAUAACAAUAUGGAAGGGUUUAACUUA